AUGCCUUCAGUACCUAUACCGUCACCUCAGUCUUACUACUGUCGUAUGCGAAAUUGUCAACGUACAUGUGGACUUUUACAUAGGGACUCAAGCAAAAAAAGGACUCUAUUUGGCCAAAAGGCUGUUUCACUCGAUCAAGACGACCGGAAGAAAGAACAUCGGAAAAAAACGAACACAGCUCCGGAGCGAAAGACCCGCGUCAAGAGAAAAGCUCGGGGUCAACGCUCAGGUGCAACAAACAUAACAACUGCUUCAAUUAGUACUGGUUCUUCAAGAAGUGGAUCACACUUGACAAAGGAUUCGUCGUCUCCACGGCCAAUGUGUACAUUUGAAGAAAUCAUGGAACGAGCGGCCAGGAAGGUAUCAUCGAUGAGAGUAGAAGAUGAACCAGUUCUUCCACCGUUAUCGAGGCAAAAUAAUGUUUUUGAGAAAAGAUCACGAUUAAUGCCAGCAGUAUCUCUGGACACCACAACUAUACAUUUUGAUCAACCAGUUUGGGACAAUCCAAAGUUACUGGAAGAGCUGUUCGAUACGGAAGAGGAGUUUGCAUUGGAUGUUACACCUCCAUCGCUUCGGGAAGAUUCUAUUAUCGUGGAAAAAGUUAUCAGUGAAGCAACACAUGCUAAAGACUAUAACCCGAUAGACCACGACAGAAAAGAUGAAAUGAUUUCAGGAUGGAGCUCAGAUGAGAAUGAUUACUCAAACGUCGAUCUCACUCGUGUUCAUAAACCGCAAACCCCCACCUCAGUGGUGAUACCAGUCCGUAAGCGUCGUGUGAAGGGUGUGACCUACGAAAAAAGCCUCGACCUCUUGGAAAAUUAG